GUCUCUCUCUAUCUCCAUGCCUACAUUUCUGUAACAUUUACGUGUUGCGGUUUGUUUACUGUGUAUCGUACAUUAUCCAGGAUUCGUUCCGCGUUGCUGUUUUAUUGGUUCUGCUCUCUGCUUUGGAGAUUCCCCGCAUAGUCAGUGUGUAACUGGAGACGGAUUAGAGGAAGCGCCAUUGGGGAAAGAGGAGCUAAGCGCCGCUCAGAUGAGGUGAUGGGCUCCGAGAUGCUUUCAGACUGCCCUCGAGGCGACUGGAUGGCGAGGAUUAGAGGAAUGGAGAUAGACGUCCGCUUCCGUUAUUAUUUCCAGCACCCAUGGUUGCGCCUGGUUGUAGCCUACCUCGUCACCUUCUUCAACUUCCUCAUCUUUGCUGAAGACCCUGUAUCCCACAGCCAGACAGAGGCACACAUGAUAGUAGUGGGAAACUGUUUCUCUUUUAUAGUGAAUAAGUAUCCGGGUGGAGGGUGGAACUUUCUGAAGGUGCUGAUGUGGAUACUGGCGAUUAUCACAGGACUCAUUGCUGGGAAGUUCUUCUUCCAUCGGAGGCUGUUUGGGCGGUUCCUACGACUGAAGAUGUUUCGUGAGGACCAUGGCUCCUGGAUGACUAUGUUCUUUAGCACUAUCCUUUUCCUGUUCAUCUUCUCUCACAUCUACAACCUCUUCCUCCUCAUAAGUGAAGGCAUGAGUGCUCACAUGGUCACGGAGUACAUGGGCAUAAGGAAUGAGAGCUUUAUGAAAAUGGCUGCCGUUGGUACGUGGAUGGGAGACUUUGUGACUGCGUGGAUGGUGACAGACAUGAUGCUGCAGGACUCACUGUACCCGGACUGGGGACGAACAGCUCGUCGCUUCUGGAAACAGGGCAACAACAGAAUCGUGCUGUUCUGGACAGUGCUGUUUUCCCUGACCUCUGUGGUGGUAUUGGUUAUUAGUACAGAUUGGAUUAGUUGGGAUAAUCUAAACCGAGGGUUCUUACCUAGCGAUGAAGUGUCUCGAGCCUUCCUCGCCUCCUUUAUUCUUGUCUUCGACCUCCUCAUUGUCAUGCAGGACUGGGAGUUUCCCCAUUUCAUGGGGGAUUUGGAUAUGAACCUACCCGGCUUAUCUACAACUCAGCUAAAAUUUAAACUCCCAGUCUGCAAGCGGAUCUUCAAGGACGAGUAUCAUAUACACAUCACAGGCAAAUGGUUUAACUACGGCAUCAUCUUCUUGGUGCUCAUUCUUGACUUAAACAUGUGGAAGAACCAGAUCUUCUAUAAGCCUUACGAGUAUGGCCAGUACAUUGGACCAGGAGAGAAGAUCUACACAGUAGAGGAGCCAGACACUCUUAGCCACUUCAACCGGAGCACGCUAACGUGGGAAUGGCGAUCAACUAACAUAGACCCUCGCACCAACCUCACAUACAUCCACAGAGACAUGUUUCUCCACAGCCGCUACAUUGGGGAAAGCCUGGAUGUCAAAUGCUUGGCGUUCAUUCCAAGCUUAGCUGCCUUUAUCCUCUUUGGUUUCUUUAUCUGGCUUUUCGGACGUUUCCAGGACAGUGAGACGUUCCUGGAGAGCCAGGACAAGACAUAUGAGCGCAUCAAACGUAAGUCACCCUCAGAUUUGGGUGUCACACCUGAGGAGGUGCAUGUAUCAAUGAGUGAGAGCCUGAAAAGGAGUGGCACUCCAAUGUUGCUGCUAGCGGACACUCACCAUUUCGGGUCCUCUACUAACUCCAUAUCCCCCUGUUCUAAUGAGACCCGGGAGACACAGCCUAGCGGUUCUGUAGAUAAAGCAGCAUGUGUCGAAGCUGCAGAUGUUAACAAACUGACUCCAUAACCUUAAGCAAAGCUAAUAUAAACUCUGGAGAAUUGAGUUAUGUUUCUGCUGAGCUCCUCCAACUCCAUCCUUGCCUUGAUGGGAUCGUUAAUGAUGACCAAGCCAAUAACUGAAUACAUGCCUCUAAUGCAGGGCCUGCAAAGAGACAUUGUAAGCUAGCAGUCAAAUUCUUCAGAGACCUGCUUUCAAACUUGUAAUAGAGGAGAUCGUAUAAAAUUGCAGUGUGUUUUCUACAUUUUAAUAAUAAGCUUUUCAAAACACCACUAGUGGCACUGAAAUUUUGGUACUUCUUAUAGUUCAACUUUCUUUUCAUUAGAGUAUUGUAUAUGGUCCAACGGUGCUUAAGCUUCUUUUAUUUCAUUUUAUUAAUUUUUUUUUUUACAUAUUUUUUAUUGAGCUACUUUGGUGCCUACAUGGAAAAUCUGUUUAUAUACCAAGUGCACGGCAAAGUAGUCAUGAGGAAUAUUCGGCAGAAAAAUCUGUGCCUUCAGUAGUUGUGUCCAUUAUUGGACGGUAGAGUUUAAAGGUCUUUUGAGAUGUCAAUACAUUAUAUUAAUCUGUUAUGCAAUACACUGUGUUCACAAUGUGUCUUGUAUUAGCAUUUUAUCAUUUACAAUCAAUUCAAACAUUUAUUUAAAAAAAAAAAUUCAUACCAAAACCAGUUAUACCAAAUAGAAGGCUGAAAAAAUAAUAAUCACCACCAUAUGGUCACUCAAUAAAGUGUUGAAUUUUCACAGAGAUCUUGACUGUUUAUCGUUUAAGUAACAGCCAAUC